GUCCACGGCCCACAACAACCUACUACGCCACCGCUACCAUUUUCCCUCAUAACGUCGGUCUCGGAGCUACAAGAGACGGGGAAUUGGCUCGAAGGAUCGGAGCGGCGACCGCGUUGGAAGUGAGGGCAAGUGGCAUUCACUACACUUUUGCCCCUUGUGUUGCGGUUUGCAGGGAUCCAAGAUGGGGAAGAUGCUACGAGAGUUAUAGUGAGGAUCCAGAAAUAGUGCGGAUGAUGACCCCUAUUGUUUCUGGUCUGCAGGGAUCCCCACCCGAAGGGCAUCCUGCAGGAUACCCUUUUCUUGCAGGAAGUAAGAAUGUGAUUGCAUGUGCCAAGCAUUUUGUUGGGGAUGGAGGCACAGACAAAGGGAUAAAUGAAGGCGAUACUAUCUGUAGCUUUGAGGAGUUGGAACAAAUACAUAUGAGGCCUUAUCCUGACUGCCUUGCUCAGGGAGUCUGUACGGUUAUGGUUUCCUAUUCCAGCUGGAAUGGAAGACCAUUGCAUUCUGAUCGGUAUCUCAUAACAGAUAUCUUGAAGGGCAAGUUGGGCUUCAAGGGAAUGGUGAUAUCAGAUUGGGAAGGAAUAGAUAGGCUGUCUAAGCCGCAUGGAUCAAACUAUCGCUUUUGCAUCUCUGCUUCAGUAAAUGCUGGAAUCGAUAUGAUAAUGGUGCCUCACAGGUAUGAUAAGUUCCUAGAAGAUUUGAUUUAUCUGGUGGAAUCAGGAGAUAUACCCAUAUCCAGGAUCGAUGAUGCUGUAGAGCGGAUCUUAAGAGUGAAAUUUAUUGCCGGAUUGUUCGAAAAGCCUUUUUCAGAUCGAUCUUUGUUGAAUACAGUUGGCUGCAAGGAGCACAGGGAGCUAGCACGUGAGGCUGUUAGGAAAUCAUUGGUUUUGUUAAAAAAUGGAAAGGAUCCUGCAAAGCCAUUUUUACCUCUGGAUAAAAAUGCUAAAAGAAUUCUUGUUGCUGGAAGACAUGCAGAUGAUGUUGGAUAUCAAUGUGGGGGUUGGACGAUAACAUGGUAUGGAGGCAGCGGAAGAAUAACAGUUGGCACCACCAUUUUGGAGGCCAUUAAAGAAGCCGUAGGAGAGAGUGCAGAAGUGGUCUACGAGGAACAUCCAUCAACAGCCACAAUUGCAAACCAAAAUUUUUCGUUUGCUAUAGUAGUCGUCGGAGAGGUUGCCUACGCAGAAUUUUUGGGAGAUAGAUCUCAACUUAAUAUCCCGUUCAAUGGUUCCAACAUGAUUAACCUUGUGGCUAGCGAAAUUCCGACACUUGUGAUCACGAUAUCAGGAAGGCCUCUGGUGCUUGAGCCAGAGUUACUGGACAAGAUAGAAGCCCUGGUUGCUGCUUGGCUACCAGGCAGUGAGGGAGGCGGCGUCGCUGACGUCCUUUUUGGAGAUUAUGACUUUGAAGGUCGACUGCCUGUUACUUGGUUUAGACCAACUAGUCAGUUGCCACUAAAUGCAGGGCAUCAGUCCUAUGACCCUCUAUUUCCCCUUGGGUUCGGAUUGAAAAUGGGUCUGAUGAACAAAUAAAGUUGUGUUAGUUUUAAGUCUUAAAAAACUUUAAUACAAUUACAUCCAGAAAUAAUGAAAUCAUCUCGCUUAUAUGAUGUAUUUGCAAUCAGUCAAAUUGAUACCCUCAAGGUCUGAGGGAGAUUAUCGCAU